AUGUCUCUGUGGGCCUCUGCUCAGGAAAGAACUAUGGCCCGAUGGCUCAGCUCAAAGAUAAAUACUCCUAUUGUCGACCUUGUCUCUGCCGUGGGAGACGGGCUUGUUCUUGUGCAACUUAUUAACUGCAUUAGCGCCGAAACUGGUGCUUCUUCAUAUAUUCUAUCUCCGGUGCAUCCGCGUCCCACCUUCCGGAUCCACAAGCUUGAAAAUGUUGCCGAUGUAUUACAGUUCUGCCGGCUCGAAUUGAAAAUUAACACCUGCAAUAUUAGCGCCGAAAACAUCGUCGAUGGAGAUGUCAAGUUGAUUUUGGGCAUGAUAUGGACGCUUUUCGUCUUUGCCACAUCGCAACUGAUGCUGAUGAAGAACGAAACCUCAUCUGUGGCUGAAAUCAAGGCAAUUCUUCUCAAGUGGCUUAACAAUGUGUGUCGCAGGCGGGCCUUGCCAGUUUUGUCCAAUUUCAAUUCAGACUGGUCUUUUCAGCGAAUGCGCAGACCUGACCUUGUCUUUGCAUGCAUCUUGGACACGUUUCUUCCGGGGCUUGUGACCUACGAUGACUUCCCUAAUGGAAAAAUGCUAGCCAACAUGGAGCUAUUGUGCAAUGUUGCAGAAACCAAAUUGGGCAUCGCUCCGUUAGCUGUACCCGAAGAUUUCAAUAUGCUAGUGCCCGAUGAAAAAUGCAUCAUUUUCUACGUGCUUCAGUGGUAUCUUUUCUUUGAAUCUGCAGAUGAUGCUACCGUUGUUCAGGAUCUGGACAAUGACGCUGUCCCAGCAUCGCCAAAGGAUUCUAUCCUUUCUUUUUUGAGUCUGCUAAUCUCUGCAGUGAAGUUGAGAAACAGGUAUGAGACCAUGUCUUUGCGGUUAGUCAAUCACAUCAACAACGCAAGGUCUUCUCUUUCCCGGACAGAAGAAAGUCUAGAACGGUGUAUCGCUCUGUAUAAUAUGCUGUGCGAGUUGAACCAAUACUGUGCUGAACUAUCUACCCUGGACUGGGAGAACGAGCUUGCAGGGAGAGGCAAUCUGGUCCACAUAACGAAUGCCAUUUCUCUGAUAAGAAACAUCAUGUCUCAAUAUGAGCAGUUUCGACUUCAAGUGAAGCCUGUUUUGUUCCAUCAGGAUUUACCCGAAUUGAAAGCGCUUUUCAAGUCGGUGCAAGCGGAGCUAAAAAAGUGUGGCAUUUCCUCUGGAUAUCUUCCGAGCAAGCAGCUCUCACUCUUUUCUAUAUGCGACCGACUUGCUCUUUUAGACCAGUUGGAUCGCCAAGUGGGCGAAAAGCUACAGGCCUAUGUCGAGGAACUUCGCUGGACGAAGUUGCAAAAGCUUGGGUCUUUAGUGAGUAUGCUUCAUUCCACUCUACAUCAGCAAAAGAGCAUAUCUGAGCCUCUUAAAGCAUUUGUGGAUAGCAUAGAUAUGUUAUCGUCUUUCAAAUGUGAACUAGAUGUGUUUGGCGAAAGGAUUCGACAAAAACACACCACAGCAGAAUUACGUGCUAUUAUUGGGUCAGCUGAAAGUUUAGAUGUACCUGAUACUCCUGUGACCCCCGAACAAUCUGCCUUUGAGAUGUUUAAAGCUUUGGUUGCGGCGGAACAGAACCAGCGGAAUUUAAGUGGUUCUGAUAUUCGUGAUUUUCUCAAACGAAUCGUGCCAGUAGGAAAGUUUUCCAGUCUCGAUGUGUCCAGCCUACUUCAAGCCAUUCCAACGAGAAGGCUCUUAGUGCGCAGCGAAAGCGAUAAUCUCAUGUCUUAUGCGUCUGAUGAUAGUGAGGAUCUGGGAUCUGUAUUUGAAGAAGCACAAAGACAACUAGAACACAAGCUCUUGGGUAACUACAACAUACUUUAUGACUUGGAUGCAUUUGUGACUCGGAUGGAAAAUGGAUUCAAGCUUUAG